UGCGUCCGUCACACCGAUGGGGACGUCCGUCUGGCUGAUCCAAGACUAUCUAAUGUACGGUCUCUGCGCUGGAGGCUGCGGUUGCCAUGGUGACGGAGCAUGCUUCGGAGGGGUGGGGGUCUGCGUUUCUGCGCAGGCGCGGUGUGUGUCUGAGGCCACAAGGAGCGAGGACACGAUGAACGGAGGUAAAUAUGUGAGUCGGCGGGACUCUAAGAGCGCGCGCUCGACGGGUGGACCGAAGGCUCGAAGCGCCGAAGCCCGCGAGCCCCGGCAGGACGCCACAGACCGGAGCUCCGUAUUACCUGCAGACAUCCAGCAGGUGGUGGUGAUUAAAGAGGAGGUUCCCUGGAGCCCGAGUCUGGAGCAGCAGGAUCCAGAUCAUUUCCAAAUAAAAGAGGAACACAAGGAACUCUGGCCCAAUGGGGAGGGAGCACCGGCUGAUGGGUGGGAGCAGGAGGAGAUGAGAUUCCCAAUCAUCGCUGUUCGGGUGAAGAGGGAAGAUGAAGAAGAGAGUCCUUACAGCCAAACUGAAGACAGCAGCUCGAUUAAACUGAUAAAAACAGAAAGUGAUGAAGGUUACUGUGGAGAACCAGAACCAGCCAGUAACCUGGAUCCAAACCACCACAAACAACCAGAUACUGCUGAGGAGGCUCCAGGUGUCUGUGAGAUUGACAACAGCUUUGAUGGUGGUGACGGGGAGGAAGCUUUCUCAGUUUCUGGGCCUUCAAAUGAAGACAGCGACGGCAGUUUGAAGGACAGCAGGGCGCCUGGUUUAAGUGUAAAUACUCUGGAGCAAGAGGACUUUCUUCAAAAACUGAGGACAGGUCAGACAGAAAAAAUGUCCUCCAACUGUUUGGCUGCUGAGAACGAUUUCAGCUUGAAGCUAAAUGUAGAAUCAAAGAUGAAAAUUCACAUAGGACAGAAACCAUUUGGCUGUGGUGUUUGCGGUAAGACGUUUAGCCGCAAGACGCUCUUUAAAUCCCACAUGAGAGUGCACACAGGGGAGAAACCCUACGGAUGUGAUGCAUGUGGGAAAAGGUUUACACUUCAGUACAGCUUUAAAAGACACAUGCGCGUACACACGGGAGAGAAACAGUUUGGCUGUGACGACUGUGGGAAAACAUUUCGUUGCAAAACCCAUCUGAAGCGACACAUGAGAGUUCACACAGGGGAGAGACCGUUUGGUUGUAGCAUGUGUGGGGAAAGGUUCACAGAACAGGGCGCUCUGAAACGACACACCAGAGUGCACACUGGAGAGAGACCCUUUGGUUGCACCGUGUGCGGGGAACAUUUUGCAGAGCAGGGCGUUCUGAAGAGACACAUAAGAGUUCACACGGGAGAGAAACCGUUUAGUUGUGAUGUCUGUGGGAAACUAUUCAGACAGCAGAAUACGCUGAAAAGACACACAAACGUCCACACAGGAGAGAAACCGUAUGGCUGUGAUGUGUGUGGGAAAGCGUUUAGAGAGCAGACUACACUCAAAAGACACACUGUUGUUCACACAGGAGAGAAACCAUUUUGCUGUGGUGUUUGUGGAGAAAGAUUCACCCGACAAGGAAAUCUGAAGAGACACAUGAAAGGUCACACAUGAGAGAAACUCUUCCACUGCAGGAUUUGUCUUUAAAGAUGAGGGGUGUGUGUGUAAGAUCAACAGUAAGAUUUUGAUUUCACCUUUCUCAUUUUCAGAACAGGAAUAUUUAAAAAAUAAAACUCUGACCUUAUUUUUUACUUCUUCAGUUGAAUUUAUUGUUUUUUUUCUACAUUUUUUUUAACAUGACUCAUUCAUCUCAGAGCAUAUCUGAAAGGUGUGUCCUGUUUUCCUUUAGACGUGCCUAGCAUGUGUACAGAGGUUAUGUUCACUGGUACCAGAGCUUCAUUUUAGCAGAGACCGUCUGGUACAUUAUUAAACAUUAUUAAAAUAAACAAAAGUAACCAAAACUUCGGUACUU